UUUGCUCGCGGCGUAGCACAGGUCAAGGGCAUACAUAUACUGUAUCAAACAAAAAUGCCAUGCAUCUGAGUAUGUCACGUUCCCAGCAACGGCCGGCGCCCUGGUUGCCCGGCCGACAACAGCAUGUCACCGCGCCUCGGCUGCUUCACUCCGCUCCAGCCGCUGGCGCCAGCAUCUCAUCGGCAUCGUGCCAAGAGCCCUUGGAACCGCCCGUCGGAGUCCCGGCGCCCAGCCCGGAGCCAGUCCUGGCCCCAGCCCCCAUUGCCACCCCGCAGCCCGACCCCUUCGCCUGGCUGCACGACCCCUCGCGCCGCGACCCCCGCGUGCUGCGCUACCUGCAGCAGGAGAACGAGUACUGCAAGAUCCAGCUGCGGCACCUGGGCCCUCUGAGGAAGCAGCUGGAGGAGGAGCUGGCGGAAGCCGCCUGGCGGCAGGCCGUGAUGCUGGCGGCACAGACGCCAGCGAGCGGCGCGUCGGCAUCGCUGGCGCUGUCGCCUAUGGCGCUGUCACUGCAGAGCAGCGCGGGGGGAGCAGACGUGGCGAGGGACGGGUAUGAGUACGGCGGGUACAUGUACCGGCGGCAGCCGGUAGGUGCGACGGGGCGUAUGCGGCAUGUGCGGGAGAGGGUGGUGCGGCCAGGGGCUGCCGCUGCCGAGUUGCGGCACCAGCAGCAGCAGCAGCAGCAGCAGCAGCCGGCGGACGUCGUCGUGUUGCUGGAUGAGCAUCAGCGUGCUGCAGCCAUCUCCGCUGUUGCAGCUACUGCCGCUGGAAGCGGCAGUAGCAGCAGCGGCGGUAGAAGCAGUAGCUGCAGCGGCUACGCGCUGUGCUCCUUCGCGCCCAGCCCGGCCUUUGACCUGGCGGCGGUCACGGAGGCUCUGCAGCCCGAGCCGCAGGGCCAACGCCGGCCCGACCGCUUCCGACUGCGCCUGCUGCAGCUCUCACAUCCUGUGGGGACCGGGUCGGAUCCUGGCGGCGCUGCCGCCGGCGUGGCAGCCGGCGCCGGACAAGGUCAGGCGGGAGCCGCAGACGUCGCAGCGGCGGUUGGCGGCGAAGGGCGGGUGCGGGAGCUGCCGCUGCCGCCGCUGCCGGAGACGGCGUUUGGCGCCGCCGCGAGCGAUGCAGGUGCCGGUGCUGGUGCUGGUGCUGGUGCUGGAGCCGGAGCUGGGGCUGGAGCAGGUGCUGGAGGAGGGGCAGGAGCAAGAGCAGGGACCGGCGGAGGGGCAGGCGCAAAGGCGACGCUGCUGCACAUAGACCCGGACGGCGUCAGCGGUGAUGUGGGCUGGGUGGCGGGCCCCGCGGGCGCGGCAGGCGGACGCCUGUACUUCACGCGGGCCGCGCAGCGCGAGCUGUGGUGCUUGGAUGUGAUGCCGCGGGCACACCAGCUGCAGCCGGGCAGUAACAGCAGCGCCCCUGGCAGUAGCAGCAGGGGCGUGGGUGACGGGCACACCGGUUACACCGUGUCGGCGCCGCGGCUAGUACUGCGGGAGCCGUACGGCCAACCCAUGCAGCUGGUACGGCACGGCGCGGGGCUGUUCGUGGAGUGCCUGGGUAACGGCGGCGUGCCGGUGGAGGUGCGCUGGCUGGGCCAGGCGGCAGUAGCAGCUGGGAACGAGGGCGCAGGUGGCAGUAGCAGCUGUAGCGGCCAGGGCGGAGGCCAGGGAGCGGAGGGGGGUGAGGGCGAAGCGGUCGGCGAGGCGGGCGGCGUGCCGCUGCUGCCGCGCGCUGCUGGCCGCACGGUGGCCGUGUUGCACAUGCACAUGGCCCCGUCCGGCUCCUCGGAUGGCACAGAGAGCGGCAGCGGCAGCGGCGGCGGCGGCGGCGGCAGCGGCAGCGGCGGCAGCGAUAGCAGCGGCAGCAGUCGUGGCAGGGUUCAAGGACCGGAGGGGGCGGAGGCGCUACUGCUGUGGGUCACAGACCUGGAGCGCCCAGGCGGCUGUUUAAUGCUACAGCCCCAGCCUCGGCCCCAGCCGCAGCCAGCGGAAGCGCUGCAGCCGCCGCAGCUGCUGCUGCCGGCAGACCCGCUGCUGCGCAUCGUUCACGUACAGAGCCUCCCGGCAGUAGCAGCAGCCACAGCCACAGUUACAACCACAGCCGCCGGGGCAGCUACUGCCACGGCUUUGCAGCCUCCCCAAGGGCUGGCGGCGGCGGCGGCUCAGGCGCGGGGAUUGGCACGGGUGCUGGUCGUGCGGGAGGAACUGGAUCCAGAAACUGCCUUCCCGACUGGUCAGUUCCAGAUCCAGGAACUGCAAAUCCAGGUACCGGGUCUAAACCCGAAUCCGUCAAUGCCGCUGGCAGACAGCGCCGGCACCACAGCAGUGGAAUCCGCAGACCUCGCGUUGUGCCACGUUGAGGUGGUGCGGUGGCGGCGGCUGCUGGUAACGGGCGGCGCACGCCACGGCAGCCUGACGGUCAAAGGCUGGGACGAGGCGGCGGGCGCGGUUACGGUGUCGUACAGUUGCAUGGCGGCGCCGCCUGUUGUACGUGCCGUACAGUUGCUGAUGCCGGAGGGGCACGGGCAGCCCGCGGCGGAGGCGGUGGUGCUGCGCUGUGAUGGCGAGCGUGGCAGCUUUGGCGGCAGCGGGGCUGGCAGCAGCAGUAGCAGCGGGGCGCCGGUUGUUGCUGCUACAGCCGUAGCUGCGGACGCAGGCGAGUGGGAGCUGGUGACGGAGCGGCUGUGGGCGACGUCGCAUGACGGCGCGCGAGUGCCCAUCACCCUGUGCCGCCGCAGGCCUGUGGCCGCCAGCGGUAGCGGCAACGGCAGUAGCAGCCUCCAGCCGCCAGGCCCGCUGCUACUGCGGGUGCACGGGGCGUACGGCCUGGAUCCAGGGCUGGAGCACCAGCCGGCAAUGUCAGCGCUACUGCGGCGGGGGGUGGCGGUGGCGGUGGCGCACGUCCGUGGCGGCGGGUUCCUGGGGCCCGCCUGGUAUGAGGGCGGCCGCGGUGCCGCUGCCAAGGCCAACAGCAAUCGCGACCUGACGGCGGCGGCGGCGGCGCUGGUGGCGGCGGGCGUCACGGCACCGCACCUGAUGUGCCUGGAGGCGGAAUCGGCAGGCGGAUGGGCCGCGGGCCCAGUGCUGUUGGGCGCCGCCGGGCCGCCGCCCAGCGACGGCGCCCCGGGAGGUCCCCCCCCGGCGCUGUUCCGGGCGGCGGUGCUGACGGUCCCCUCCCUGGAUGCGGCGGGCGGCCUGCGCCACGACCCCACCUACGGCUCACAUGAGCUGGGGCCCGCCACUGCUGCUGUUGCUGCUGCUGCGGUUGAGCGCAGCGGCAGCAGCGGCAGCUCCGCAGGAAGUGCGGUCGCGGAGGAGCAGCACCAGCAGCACCAGCUACACCAGCAGCAGCGCGGCCCGGCUGCCGACCAGGCAGCGGUCGCGAGCUGGUGCCCCUACACGCGCUUGGCGGCGGCGGCAACCGCGGCAUCAGCGGGAGCGGCAGGCCCGGCGGCGCCGCCACCGCACCCACCAGCGGUACGCAAUCCGGCGCCGUGCACAGCGGUUGGCGCCACGUGGCCGGCGCUGCUGCUGCGUACGGCGCUGUACGACACGAACGUGCCGUACUGGGAUCCGGCCAAGGCGCUUGCGGCGCUUCGGUGCUGCGAUGCGGCGGCGGCGGCGGCGGCGACAGGGGCCAAAAGAGUGCCAGCCGCCUCCGCCGUCACUGGGUCGUUGGCGUCAGCGUCAGCUAGCGGACAGCACGGACCUCCUCUACGGGUCAUGCAGGUCAAGCCAGGCGGCCAUGACGCGUUUGACAGCGUGGCGGAUGACGCGCUGCGGGCCGCCUUCAUUCUGUGGGCGCUGGGCGUGUGGCGGCCCGCCCCGCCGUCGGCUGUAUCGGCGGCGGCGGCGGCGGCCUCGUCGCCUCGGUCUGCUACCCGCCCCGCUGUAGGUGCAGGCCAAGCUCAGGCUGCAGGUCCACAGGCGCCACGAGCGGCCACGCCCCCGGCGGCGAGGCCGCGGCAGCCGCCGCCGCUGCAGCCGAGGCAGCCGCAGCAGGCGCGGCCGCAGCAGCCACAGGCAGGCGGGGCCGUGGCUCCAAAGCCAGGGUCGCGGCGGCCGCCUGGCGGGGCGAGCGGAUCAGGUGGUGCGUCGCCGCGGCCGUAGCUGAAAACCGUCGGGGGCAGUUGGAAGUCGUCGAAUUCCCAGUGCAAGCAAGAGCAGAGGGUGGUGAGAAGCAUAGUCCCGAGUGUGUAUGUGUCCCUAAAAUCCCGGCCCACGAAUCCCACAAGGCGGGUCAGGGCAAGAGUCGCAGGUGGCAGUCAAUGUCACACAGUCUAUUAGCGUAGCCUUGCGGAUUGCGUGUUAUGAGUAAGGGGUCUCGGAAUCGGAGCAUGUGCAUGAAGCCCGGGAAACGGGCAUGGCAGCAUAGCGCCUGGGGUCUCGGAACCUGAGGACGGGAAUGGCGAUGGAAGUAGUGGCGUGUAAUCGCUUGAAUGUCACUGUUUUCAGCGCAAAGAGCCUGGCAUUCUGCCGGCAAGUGCGUCUGCUUAGCCCGUGCCUCGCCCUCGAACUUGUCAUUGUUGUGUCGUGGUGAAAUCGAGCAGUAGCCAGGCGACUUGCCCACGCGAUACACGGCGUGCCGCCUCGUGCUCUCAUGCUUUGGUACUGGCUCCGGCCGCUGCUGCGCUGGACUGGACUGGACAGAACCGGAAUGCUGGCAGCUCCCUUAGUCUCCCCUCUCCCGAGAACAGCUCAGCCCCACAGAACUGGGCCAUCCGCGCCCUGCGGACAGCGGGAGAGGUCUGGAUUUCGCGGAAAUGUGUGGCGCUACCGUGUGGCAUGGCUGAUACCCAAUGCCUCGUAGCUUGUCCCCGCCAAGGCAGGCGGACUGGACGAAGGCAGCGUUUUUGGGCUGAGCUCCCCAAGCGAACGACUGGAUGGGUGAGGCGGCGGCGCUGCUGGAGGAGAACCGCGCACGCACGCAGGAGCUCAAGCAGCAGUACAUGCUGGCGUUCGAAGUGAACCUGAUGGAGGUGUAGGCGCGCACGCGCGUUGCAGCUGGCGUGGGGGGCUGACGUGGUUGAUGUGUUUGAGUGCGGCUGCGCGGUGGCUGGGUGGGUAGGUGGCGUGUGGCGUAUGGUGCUGUCCUACUGGGCGGCGGGCUGCAGUGUAGCUGGCUUCACGUGCGGCAGGGUGUGGCAUAUCGUGCGAUGUGAGAAGACUUGAGUGCCUGUGACGUAUAUUGUUGGUGUGGUCAGGGUAUUCACUAUCGCGGCAGGACGCUUUGGCAGGUUUAGCCGCCUACUCCUAACUCUACAUUGCUGACCACUCAACAUCAGGUAGGCUGGCAGCCGGAGACUGAUGGGCUUUAGAAUACGGUUUUGGGCUGAGCCCCCCGAGCGAAGACUGGCGUGCAGAUGUUCUGGUGUUGGGAGUUUGGGACGGUAGGUAGGGGACU